CGGGCACUCGCAAUUCUAACAGUUUAGCAUUCACAGCUAUUGGUGCGGGACUACACAUGAUCGAGCCGAUAAAUAAACAAUUUCAUAAUUAAUAACACACGACAACAAACGCCGGUGAUCGAAAGCAAAUAAAGAACGCGUCAAAAUAGUCGUCCAUCGCUUUGGAUUGGUGAUCGAAAGUGCAACAAGUGUUUUAUCGAAUUAAUUGGCAUUGUGAUUGACACGUGAUUAAUUUUAAUUGGCCGAUUGACACCUUACGAUGCCUUAUUACUCAGAUCUGUCCACUCCCUCAACCAGUUACCUUUCUUACUACACACCUGGUCCUUAUUCCAACCAUUCCUCCAUCCUCGCCUCAAACUACUCGUCGCCGUACAAGUCGGUCAUACCGCGAAACUAUCGGGGUUACAAGCCGCAUCUGGCCACCAUCAGUGAGGUGAAAAGUGGAUUGAGAAGGAUCAACUCCCCCAAGUUGCUCAUCAACACAUCCCCAAAGAUAACAAUACCAAAACCAAGGAAAAUCAACACCGCAGACAUAGACGUCUCCUCAAACAAAUACAAAAAAUACAACGCUGCUCCUAAACCCAAACCGCCGGAGGAGCGCUCCAGUCCGAUCAAGGAGCAAAAAUCCCCCAGUCCCAGUUCCUCAUUCAAGGAAGCAAGAUCGUCCACAGAGGAAAAGGAGGCCAAACCUAACACUAACAUCAGAAGGGACAGGGCGACGGUACGUCUCAAAACUAUCCACACAGACGUGAUAAAAAAUGACUUGAACGCAAUCAAAAGCUGGCGCGAUAACUUCGAACCGGAUGAACUGAACACGAAGGAGAAAAUCCAGAAGAAAACUCCCGGUGAGAUUCUGGUGGAGAAGUUCCUCAUACGCAGCAGGAGCAAAGAUAAUAUUCUCAAGCAGCAGAAGGUGUCCAGAAAACAAUCCGUGAAGAAAGCAAUACCCAAAGUGCCGAGCUUUAAGGAUAUUUGCACGCAGAUUUCCUCCGCGCCGGUUGAUGACGAAUUGAACCCAGGCCAACCUAUGGAGAUACAACGCAGACAAAGCAGGCAAUUUUCUAGUGAAGAUAUUAUAGGAGCUCUCAGAAGAAACUCCAAGGAUUUAACGGAAGAUGACGUUAAACUCCUCGAUCACAUUUUGGAUGAGAACGACAAUAUCACAACAAUUGAUGACCUAAACUUGGAGGAAAGUAAGAAAAAGUCAAAGACUGAAAAGAAUGAGUCACGCGGUAGUGUGAGGAAAAAGAAGAUCGCCAAGAAAAAAUCCAAUGAAUUGUUGGUGGACUCUGCAAGCGAAUCGGAUAGAUCCAAGUCUCCAAUUCAGCGCAGACCCACUAAAAAAUUGCGUAGGACUUCUACAGAUAGUAGUCUUCCUAGCAGCGACAUUAUAGAUGAAAAUGAAGAAGAGUCAAUUCGGGAUAUAUCCCAAGUAGAAAUUGAGACCAUCAAAGUUAAACCUAAGCCAGUAAUCACAGCAACUGUGGAUGUAGAAGAAAAAUCUACACUUAAACCUGUGAUAGAUGAAGUAGAAAUAGAGGAGUCGCCGAAAAGGAAGAAGGGUAAGAUGUUUCGUUUCAAUGUAAUUGUCGAAGAAGUAGAAGAGAAAAAGAGGGCGAGCCGAAGCAGAUCGAACACUCCAGCUAAGGAUUUGGAUCCUGGUUUAAAGUGCAGAACCAGACCUAAUACUCCAACUGAAGAAUUUAAAUCGCCACUUAAGAGGAAACCUUCUGUUAAGACAGUGGAAAAAGUCAAAGUUAAUUUGCCCAAAGGUAAGGAACCUGUUAUUUCAAAUAUUGUUAGGAGGAAAUCUGAUGUACAAUUAGGGGACAUUUUGGAAGACGUAAAGGAGUUACCACCAGAAAAUACCAAGAACGAAGCUGUACAAAAGAAGGAAUUGGUAAACAAAAAUGAUGCUUUUAAUAAGAGUCUUGAUGCUUCUAAAGAAAAGAUUGAGGAGAAGGUUAAUUCGUUGAGCAAUUGUUCCGAGAAAAUUACAUCAACAACAAAAGCAGAAGAAAAAGAUAUUCAAGAAAAUGGAACUUUGACUAAGAAAGAGGAAAUUAAAUUGAAAUCUCAGACUUCUCAGGAAAAUGAAACUAAAGUUGACGCGAAACCAAGUUUCCUAAAGAAACAAGAAGUCCCUAAGAUUAAAUCUCAAUUUUCCCAAGAAAACGACAAAAAAACUGAAGAAAAAGUUCUACAAAAGAAGGAAGAAACAGUUAAAGUAAGUCCCCCCUUCCUUAAUAAACAAAAUCUCUUCAGCAAACAUACUUCAGAAAUACCUAAAUCGGAAGACAAGGAAAUUAAUAAAAGAGAACUUUCUACAGAAGUUGCACCCAUUUCCCAACAAAAUGAUAAAAAAUUUGAUGGAAAAUCAAUUGCAGAAAAGAAGGAUGAGCCAGCAAAAGUUACAUCUCAGUUACCUAGCAAGCAGAAUAUCUUCAGUAAGAGCAGUGCUGAAAUUAUAAAACCAAAAUUGGAAGACAAAACAAACCUGUUGAGCAAAAGCAGCGCAAAUCUAACACAAGUCAAGUCAAAAGUAGAGAACAAAACUGCUGAUUUGCCACCAAAAACUGACACAAUGAGCAAGAGCAAUGUUGAAAUUUCUCAAGGAAAAUUCGAAGACAAAACGAGCAAUUUAAGUAAAAGUUCUUCAGAUAUUCAGAAAACUGGCAAAACACGCGGUAUUUUAAAGAAGGAGACGAAAGAAUUUGUUGUUAAAGAAGACGGAAAAGACAAAGUUGUUGAAGAUGCCAAGAAGACUGAAACGGAGGAGGUUAAGAACUUAAACAAAGAAAAGGUGGAAGCCGAAAAGGAAGAGAAGACUGACAAUAAGUUGCACUUGAAGAUCGAUAAGAAAGAUUCGGAGGAAGGUGAACAAGAUGGGGAACCAAAAACAGACGAAUCAGAGUCACCGCUCCCCAAUAAAAUCACAUCCAAAAGGUCACUAAUAAAGAAAGCCAACAAAUCUGACCCCGACUUGGCGGUUUUCCGCGUACCAUCAGAAGUACUAAUUGAAGAGGAGGCGAGAGAGGAAGAAAGUAAAGACACCUUUGUACCGCUGCAAUCUAACCGACUGUCCGGCUUCAUGAACCCCUGGAAGAAACCGGAGCAAUACGACGAGUGUCCGGUCGAGAUUUACGCCCGUCCGAAACCUAUUAAAGGCAGACACAUUCCCCGCAGAUGGCAACCGGCCGUUCAAGAAGAUAGCUCGGACGACAGCAGCAGCGAGGACAGUGAUUCUUCCAGCGAGGAGGAGACUUCUUCGGACGAGGGUGACGAGGGGGCGAGCAAGAUCGGCGCAAGUACGUCCUCGAAUGAUUCUGGUUUUGAUUCGGAAGUCAAGGGAGGCAGGAAUAAGGGUUCUUCAACGGAUGCGAGGGACUCCCCGAACCUUUCGGCCAACAAUCCAGCCUUCAAUCCGGAGGAGGAGGAGCCCGAAAAUGAGUACACUCAAUCGUCCACCUUCCUCGGUUUCCAGAGGAGCGGCAGGAUCACGCCUCCCGCCACCACGAUACCCAGGUUCAGGAAGUAUGCGGUGGAAGACUUCAAUUUUCUCAAAGUUCUCGGAAAGGGAAGCUUCGGAAAAGUGCUUCUUGCGGAACUGAAGGACACCGAAUACUACUACGCCAUCAAAUGUUUGAAAAAGGACGUGGUACUCGAGGACGACGACGUCGAAUGCACUUUGAUCGAGAGGAAAGUACUGGCGCUUGGCACCAAACACCCGUACCUUUGUCAUCUUUUGUGUACCUUCCAAACGGACUCGCAUCUUUUCUUCGUCAUGGAAUAUUUGAACGGCGGAGACUUGAUGUGGCACAUUCAGGCUUCGGGAAGAUUUGAGGAGGACAGGGCUAGAUUCUACGGGGCCGAAAUAGUUUCCGGAUUGAAGUUCCUCCACAACAAAGGAAUAGUUUAUCGAGACUUGAAACUAGACAACAUCCUCUUGGACUAUGACGGCCACGUGAGGAUUGCCGACUUCGGAAUGUGCAAGCUACAAAUCUUCCUGGACAGAAUGGCCGACACAUUUUGUGGUACCCCAGAUUAUAUGGCCCCUGAAAUAAUCAAAGGACAACACUACAACCAAUGUGUCGAUUGGUGGUCGUUUGGAGUGCUACUAUACGAAAUGCUAAUUGGACAGUCGCCAUUCAGCGGCUGCGACGAAGACGAACUGUUUUGGUCGAUCUGCAACGAAAAACCGGUGAUUCCCAGGUUCUUGUCCAGGGACGCACACGAUGUCUUAGUAAAGUUUUUGGAGAAAGACUGGAACAAACGGUUGGGGAACAGAUUCGCCUCCACCGGCGACAUUCAGGACCAACCCUUCUUUAAACCCAUAGACUGGCAAGCACUGGAAUCGAGACAGCUGGAACCACCGUUUAAACCAUGUCUGCUACAUCCAUUGGAUACUCAGUACUUCGACAAGACGUUCACAAGAGAGAAAGCCAAGAUCACGCCGAUAGAACAGCCGAUCCUGCAGUCCAUGGACCAGACGCAGUUCCAGGGCUUCAGUUACACCAACCCGAACGCAACGGACAAGUAGAUUCGGCCGGGAUGGUUGUUGAAAUUGAAAUUGGGAAGGAGGUACCGUCGGUGCUCCCAAUGUAUAUAAUUAUGUGAUAAUUUACGUACGUAGUGUGUAGAAUUCUCCCGUGAUCCAGAUUCUCUUUGGGCACUCGGAUGUAGAUUUUUUUUUGGGGGGAGGAGAGAUGUUUUGAGGUGCAGAUUAAUGAUUGUAUAUAGUCGGAUUUGAUGUAUUAUCUAAUUGCAAACUUAUUGUUUGGACUCGGUUGUGCAAAAUUUUCUGUUUUCGUUAGUCAGACUGUGCAGUUUUAACUAACGAGUCCAGGUUCGUAAGACUUAAGAUGACGUAGGUCUAGGUCGGGUAAUUGUUAAGUGAAACUAUGAAAUAUGUACUUAAUAGGACAGUUUAUUGCUUGACCUGCACAUGUAAUUUACUACCGUACUAUUAGAGUAUGAUUUUUUCAAAUUAACUGUAAACUAAGGUUUUUAUUAAUGUGUCAGUGUAGUAAUUUAUUAUACCUAUCUUAUUUUUAUAUAAUAUUAGUGAGUAUAUUUUAUAUAUUGUUAUUUGUAUAUAAAUAAUACACGAUAUAUACAAUUUAUAUAUUUAUUUGGAGUCUGUAUUGUUGCUUGUAUUGAGCAUUCAAUGUUUUAUGUACAAACUUAGUAUUAUGGAACAAACUGAAUAAAACAAAUCGAAUAA